UGUGAAGGGAUGUUCUUCCAUAUCCGCCUCGAGCGCAAUCUCCAGCUCCAUCCGCGAUUCUUUGGGCCGCAGCUCAGAGACAAGCUCGUCGAGAAGCUCAUCCACGACGUCGAGGGCACUUGCAGUGGAAGACAUGGCUUUGUUGUUGCCGUGACCGGAGUGGACACGAUUGGCAAAGGACUCAUUCGGGACGGGACUGGCUACGUAACUUUUCCCAUACACUACCAGUGCGUAGUCUUCCGCCCUUUCAAAGGCGAGAUUCUUGAAGGGGUCGUGACGCUGGUCAAUAAGAUGGGAUUCUUCGCAGAAGCCGGACCAGUCCAGAUUUUCGUCUCAAACCACGUAAGUUUGCUCAAGUUUGUUUGUUCUUCCUCGUUUUCUCUUAAUAACUUGGAAAGCCUGCAGCUUAUUCCAGAUGACAUGUCCUUUCAGUCCGGCGAUGUACCCUGCUACGAAACAUCUGAUAGCUCGGUCCGAAUACAAAAGGACAGCGAGGUGCGCCUUAAAAUCGUUGGAACUCGUGUAGACGCCACUGAAAUUUUCUGCAUCGGGACGAUCAAGGACGAUUUCCUGGGCCUUAUCGGCGAUCCAACAGCAGGAGCUUAAGACUCUGGUCAGUGGGCCACCUUUGUAGAGCUCAAGGCCUUUUGCUUUUGUUUGAUGGAAUGCUAACAUUAUAUUACAAUAUAGCCGCGCUUCCAGACCCUUUCUAUCAACAAAGAGAGAGCUUUCCGGGAGGAGGAGCUAG